UCAAUUCACAUAUUCACUAUAGAGAAUUGACAAGUCUUGGUUUGGUUCCAUAAAAAUGGCACACCACACCAUGGAGGAGGACUUGAACUUGAACAUCUUGGAGAUGAACACCGAGCCUUGUAACAACAGCAAUGCAACAACAUGUGCAAAGACAGCACCACCACCACAGGAACAGAACAGCCUCACAUCUUCAACUGUCACAAAGAAGUGUCCAUUUCUGGUCACCAAAUUUCACUGCCAAAUGCUUAGGAGUUUCACAGCAAAUUUGAAAGUGGUUGUUUUUGGCACUAAGCUUGCAGUGCUUUUUCCUGCUGUCCCUUUAGCUGUUGUUGCAGAUUUUUAUGGCCUUGGAAGGCCUUGGAUUUUUGCUCUGAGCCUGCUUGGACUCGCUCCUCUAGCUGAACGUGUCAGCUUCCUUACUGAGCAAAUUGCGUAUUACACUGGGCCCACAGUUGGAGGGCUUCUAAAUGCAACCUGUGGUAAUGCAACUGAGAUGAUCAUAUCUUUGCUAGCACUUUACCAAAACAAAGUAAAUGUUGUGAAGUUCUCUCUGCUGGGUUCCAUUCUCUCAAACCUUCUAUUAGUUCUUGGAAGUUCACUCCUUUGUGGAGGCUUAGCCAACCUAAGGAAGGAGCAAAUAUAUGACAGAAAACAAGCUGAUGUAAACUCACUGGUCUUGUUGCUGGGGUUGCUGUGCCAUUUGCUGCCAUUAAUGUUCAGAUAUGCCUUAGCAGGAGAAUAUCAUUCAAUAGCCACUAACACUCUACAGUUAUCCAGAGCAAGCAGCAUUGUUAUGCUUCUAGCAUAUGCCGGAUACAUCUUCUUUCAAUUAAAAACACAUCGACAAUUUUUUGAUGCACAAGAGGAAGAUGAAAACGAAGAAGAGAAGGCUGUGAUAGGAUUUUGGAGUGCAUUUACUUGGUUGGUUGGUAUGACACUUAUCAUAUCUCUGCUUUCUGAAUACGUUGUUGCAACCAUUGAGGCUGCUUCAGAUUCUUGGGGCAUUUCUGUUAGCUUCAUUAGCAUAAUUUUGCUACCAAUUGUGGGGAAUGCUGCAGAGCAUGCUGGCUCAAUCAUUUUUGCUUUCAAGAACAAGUUGGACAUAUCAUUGGGUGUUGCAAUGGGAUCUGCAACUCAAAUUUCUAUGUUUGUGAUUCCAUUGAGUGUGGUUGUUGCAUGGAUAAUGGGUAUAGAAAUGGACUUGGAUUUCAAUCUCCUUGAAACUGGGUGUCUUGCUUUUACAAUCAUUGUUACAGCAUUCACUCUGCAGGAUGGAACUUCACACUACAUGAAAGGAGUGGUUCUUUUCCUGUGCUACAUCAUCAUUGCUGCAUGCUUUUUUGUUCUCAAAACCCCACUAAUUAAUGAAGCAUAGAGUAGGGUGAAAUUCUGAGGUAGACCAUGAAUUGGGAUGAGAGGUGCAUGCCCUUUUAGGUGGAUGGUUGUGUCUGUGAAACUAAAGCUUGAAGGUCCACCAGAAUGUCAGAAAACCAUAGAACAUAGCUUUUGAUGUUUGUUUCCCUAUGAUAAUAAUAAGGUAUAUACACAUAACAGUGUGAAAUUUAGGGUGAUAAUUUGAAACCCCUUUUCUCUUUUCUUCUCCUUUUCCAUGUUUCCCGGUUACUCCAUAAUCACAUCUUUCUUCACUCAAUGUAGAAAAUAGUUAAUCAGUAAAUAAAGUAUCAU